AUGUCGCUGAAGAAAUCAACCAAUGGAACACAACAGGAUAAACUUCGAGAGAAACAUGCAAAAUCCACGAAACCUACGAGAAAAACUACCUUCUCAAGGGCCGCGGAGUUCUUGAUUAAGCAUCAGAUAGAACUUCCACUAGCCGUUAUAAGUACUAUAGGAAUGGCGUAUUUGUGUGGUGUCCAACAGGCUGAAAAGUUUCUGUUUAUUAAAUAUCGAGACCCAGAAACUGGACUCUAUGCUAAGGGAAAAGAUGACAUAUACUUCGUAUCUUUCUGGGUCAUUGUGUUUACAUUCCUAAGGGCAGCUGUAAUGGAACAUUUACUUAUUCCCAUUGCAAAAAAAGAGGGUAUAAAAACAACGACAAGAUUCGCUGAGCAGGGAUGGCUGUUCAUAUAUUAUUCCACAUCUUGGACAUUAGGAAUGGUAAGCGAGAAUACGGAUGUAGAGAAGAACGCGCCAAUAGAGAAUUGGAGGAAGGUGUAUUGA